ACCACCACUUUUAAACGAAAAUUUAUUAUUUUUUACAUCGAAUUUUUUUUCGUUUUUUUCACAUACAAUCAUCAUGGACGAUACGCUAAGAAUUGAUGGUUCCAAUCAUUCUCAUGAAAAUAAUGAUCAAACAUUUUCGAUGCAAGAUAUGUUUGCUUCGUUACAGAUAUCCGAUGUGACCAGUACAAGUAGUGGUGAUGCCAAUGUAUCAUCAUUACACGGACAACGACAACAACAUUCCCGUUCUGGAGAUUUUUUUACUGGAUCAUCAUUUAAUUGUUGCAAUUUCAACGAUCAUGCUCAAUUUGAAUCAUCUGUACCAAUGUUGACGGCAACGCCAUGCAAUGAUCAGGAUUAUCCAUUUUUGCAUAAAAUAUUUCAUACCUUAUGUGCUAAUCAAGAUUUCAUCAAUUUUGGUUUUUUCAAUGGCAAUACAUCUCCGGAACAUGACUCACAUUUAUCACAACAAAUGUCAAAAUCAAAAUCCGUUCUCUAUCACUUGAUUAUCAAACAAUUGGCUCAGGAUGGCUAUGGACAAAUAGCACAUGAAUUGUCGAACAAAAUGACUGAUUUGAAUGAUACGUCGAUUUUUCCACAACGCACUUUGCACGAAUUGUUCAACAUUUUGUUUUACAUUGAAAUUCGUAGCAAGUCGGAUGAAAGAUUUUUCAAUUUUUUAAAUUGGUUUUUCGCAAACAGCGUAGACGGUGGCUUUUUUUCUUCACAAUCCUCUUUGGUGAACAACACAUCCAACACUUGGUCUGGAUCAAUGUCAUCGAUUCAACCAUUUAGACGAAUCGGUGCUGCUGCUGGUGGUGGUGGUAGUGGAGCCAAUUUAUCGAAUCCACCUAUCUAUCGUCCAUUGGAUUCAUCAUCAGUCAUCUAUGAAACAGAAUCGGAUGGAACAAUGUCAUUGCCAUUGAAUAAUGCUAGUGUUGGAGAAGCAAAACAACUACAAGUGGCUUAUAAAUUUGGUCAAAUUGGUACUGAACCCGGUUGUUUAGAUACACCACAUGGAUUUUGUCUUGGCGUUAACGAUGAUAUUGUUAUUGCCGAUACAAACAAUCAUCGAAUUUGUGUGUUUGCCUUUAAUGGGAAAUUCAAAUUUAGUUUCGGCGAAUAUGGCAUUGAACAUGGAAAACUUCAUCAACCAAGAAAGAUUGCAAUGUUACCACCAGCCAUUUUACGUCCCGAAGAUUCUAAUCCUGUAUUUAUAGUUUGUGAUCGUGGCACAAAACGUUCUCGAAUGCAAAUGUUCUCUUUGGAUGGUCAUUACAUUCGUUUAAUCGAUAUGCCACCGAUGGAUAUUGUAAGCGGCUUGACUACCACACAAGAUCGCCGUAUUAUUGUUGUCGACUCGGUUCGUUCUGGUUUGAUUGUUAUGGAUGAAUUUGGUGGCCUUUUGAAUUGGUUUACUUGUUCACCAUAUAUGAUGGAACCGUCGGAUAUUACAUUCCAUAACAAACAUUUCUACAUAUGUGAUUUUAAAGGUCAUAAUAUUUGUGUCUUCAAUGCACAUGGUGUUUUGGUUCGCCGUCUUUCAGCAAAAAUGCUUCGAUUUCCUAAUGGCAUUGAUAUAUCGGACUGUGGUGAUAUUAUCUGCGGUGAUUCACAUGGCAAUCGAUUUCAUAUUUCAGUAUUCAAUGAACAAGGUCAACUACUUGGCGAUCAUGAUUGUCCAUAUGUAAAAGUAUCACGAUGUUGUGGACUUCGAUUAUCGGCCGAUGGUUUUAUCGUUACAUUGGCUAAAAAUAAUAAUCAUGCUGUUGUUUUGAAUUCUAUCAGCGUUAGAACAACAACAACAGCAAUUGAUGUUUCUAACAGUGUUAGCAACACUUCACAUCAAUCAUGAUACAAAAUCCAUGAUGAUGAUCAUGUUUGAUCCAACUCAAUUCUUUAUAUCUCCAUUUUUUUAUAGUUAUUAUAAUUAUCAUCAUUAUCUUUAUUUAUUA